CUUUACCAACGAAUUAGGUCUUUUGUUUUCUAGGAAGAAUGAUGCUAGGAGGAGCAUGUGUCGCGCCAUCGGUCAUUCCUCUUGGGCUUUCAUCUCGAGCUCGUUUGGUCAGGCGGCCGCGCUUCGCAAGGUGCUCGACCAAUGGAUCACUGCAUUCUUUUCCUCCUCCUCCUUCACAGCUUGUAGCGGCACAGGAUUUUCGAACGCGAAUCUUGGACAGGUUUAGAGGCCUUCUAUGUUUCUUCAAAGAACAAUUCAGUGAGUUUGGAAAGAUCGAGUGGCCAUCUUUUGACAACACGGUGAAAACGAGCCUGUUUGUCAUUGCCUUGUCUUUCGUCCUCAUCAUCGCAUUGACAGCUAUGGACUCGGGCUACACGUUCGUUCUAUCAAAGAUGUUAUAGCUCUCCCUAGAUCGACAACUAGAUUAAGAGUUUCUUCAUUCCUCUA